CCCAAGCGCGCCGCGCCGGCGCACCGCGAGGGCUCGCCGCCGCCCGGCCUCACCGGCUGCCCCGACUGCGGCCCGGCGGGGCGGGGCGGCGGCGGCGGCGGCGUGGUGCUGCCCGCCGGCAAGCCGGGCGCCAACGCCGUCUACACGGUGCUGGUGGAGGACGCGCGGCGGCGGCGGCGCCGCGGCCGCGAGGACCCGCCGGCGGCGGCGGCCGAGCCCGGGGGCGCCCGCGAGGCCCCGCAGAGCCCCGUCCCCCGCGCCGGCCGGGGGCCCCCGGCCGAGGCCGACGGCUGGCUGCGGCGCCGGACCGACCCGCUGCUGCUCGACGGCCGGACGGCGGAGGAGCCGCCGGGGCGCCCGGCGGAGCGGGAGGCCAUGCUGCGGCUGCUGGACGCCGGCUCGGAGCAGUGCCUGGCGCUGCACUCGGCUUACAUCCCCGUGCCCCGGCACAGGAAGCUCUCGGGCCAGGCGGGCCUGGACGAGGUGAUGGCGGCGACGGUGCUCACCAGCCUCUCCAGCAGCCCGCUGGUGCUGGGCGCCCCGCCGGGCCCCCCCGGCGCAGAGCCCGGCGGCGAGCCCUGGAAGGAGGCGCCCGCCAUGUCCUCCAGCUGCAGCAGCAGCAGCAACACGAGCGGCGACUGGAGCUGGGACCCGGCCAGCGACCGCUCGAGCCCCUCCACGCCGUCGCCCCCGCUGCCCCCCGCCGCCCGCGGCCGCCUGCCCGCCCCCGCGCCUGGCGAGGGCCCCGAGGAGCCCGGCGGCACCCACUUCGUCUUCGGGGACCCCAUCCCCAGGAAGAGGAAGAACUCCACCAAGGUGAUGUUCAAGUGCUUGUGGAAGAGCUGCGGCAAAGUCCUCAGCAGCUCCUCAGGGAUGCAGAAGCACAUCCGGACCGUGCACCUUGGGCGGAAAGCCGACCUGGAGCAGAGCGACGGCGAGGAGGACUUCUACUACACGGAGCUGGACGUCAACGUGGACUCGCUGACGGACGGGCUCUCCAGCCUGACGCCCGUGUCCCCCACCUCUUCGGUGCCGCCGGCCUUCCCGGCGCUGGAGGCUCCGCCGGGCCCCGCGCCGGCGCUGGCCAGCCCCGAGCCGCCCCGGCCGCCCCCGCUGAGCCCCUCGGCGCCCGCCGGCCUGUGCCACGUCCACACCGACCACGCGUACCAGGGCUGCCCGGCUCCGCUCCGGCCCGUGGCCCUCGGCGAGAGGCGGCCGCAGAUGCCGCAGGCGCCGGCGGCGAAGACGCAUGCGGUGCCCGUCCCGGCGCUGCCCAAGCCGCCCGCCGCUGCCAGGAAGCCCCGCGGGGACGCCAAGAAGUGCCGCAAGGUGUACGGCAUGGAGAACCGGGACAUGUGGUGCACGGCGUGCCGGUGGAAGAAGGCCUGCCAGCGCUUCGUCGACUGAGGCCCCCCCCGGCGCCCGCCGCCGCCCCCGGCCUCCUUCUUGCACAUUUUGCACUUCAGGUGCCUUCGCGCCCCCCCCCCCCCCCCCCAAACCACC